UUAUUAUUAUUAUUAUUAUUUUUAGUUGAAGUAAGGAGCUUGAGAGUUUUUGAAAGUAUUCUUGAAAUUCCGUAUUUUAUAUUGAUUUUGAUUUGGUUCUGAAGAAAGUUUUUGUCUUCCUUUUGUGGGGUUUUGUUGUUUCAUGUUUUAAUUUGGUGAAUAUAUUUUAUUUUAUUUUUUGUAAGUUGAAGUAAAAGGUUUGAGAGUUUGAUAGUAUUCUUGAAAUUCCAGUUUUUCUAUGUUUUUGAUUUGGUUCUGAAGCAAGCUUUUGUUUUUCCAUGUAAUUUGAUGAAUAUAUUUUAAUUUUAUAUUUUUUAAGUUGAAGUAAAGGGGAUUGAGAGUUCUUGAGAUUCCAAAUUUUCUAUGAUUUUGAUUUGGUUCUGAAGCAAGUUUUAGUUUUUUUUGUUGUUGUUGAAGUAAAGGGGUUUGAGGAUUUGUAGAUUCUUGAAAUUCUAGUUUUUGUUGAAUCGUGGGGAUGGAAGAAAGGGGUUAGCUUUUAGAAUUUGGUGUUAAAAUAGAGAUGAAGGAUACUAAGCUUGAAGGAGAGGGUUGUGAUGAUUCGACCGUUGAUCCUGAUAUUGCACUCUCCUAUAUUGAUGAGAAACUCCAAGAUGUUUUGGGGCAUUUUCAAAAGGAUUUUGAGGAUGGAGUUUCAUCUGAGAACUUGGGGUCAAAAUUUGGUGGAUAUGGUUCAUUUUUACCUGCCUAUCAGCGUUCGCCUUCUUGGACUUGUGCAAGGACUCCACCAGAGGCCUACAACAAUAACAAAUCAAUAUCACCGAGCAAUUUGCACCCAGAGGGUGGCCGUCGACCCUCAUUAGGUUCCUCAUCCAAUUCUCUAUCAGGACGGCCACUAGCAUCUUCUGCCUAUUCGUCGACAACAGUACCUGCACUGAAAGCUCCAGCAGCUAAUGAGAAAACAAAUUCAGCUCUGCUACCUGCGAAGGAUGAACACUCCACUUCAAAAAGUGAACUGGUCAAGAAGCCAACAGAUCUCUCAGACCAGAAAGCUCCCAAGUUGCACGCCGGAGCUGGUGUUGAAAGUUUGUCAACCCAAAAGAAAGCUGAAAUCUACAGUGGGCUUGGCCUUGAUGUCUCUCCAUCAUCAUCGCUGGAUGAUUUCCCAAUGAACAAUGAGGAGUUAUCCGAAGACCUUAAGGAUUCCCGAUUUGAAUCUCCGACAAGUAUACUUCAGAUUAUGACAUCAUAUCCAAUGCAUGAUGGCCUAUUGUUAUCCCCGCUUUCGGAUGAUUUGAUUUGCUUGACUGAAAAAGGAAAGCUUUGGGGGAAAUGUGGAUCUGAACGUACGAUCCAGGAAAGCCUAGGAACUUCUGUUGCAUCAGCAAAUGGAACUCAUUAUGCAAAUAGGAAAGCUUCCGAAGCUAGGAAACGGAGAUCUUACGAUAAAGAUGUCUUAGGAACUGGCUUUGGCAAUGACAAUCAAAAUGGUAGGACAGUGCAAUCAAAGAAGGAAGCUGAUCUUGAUCUAAACAUUAUCACCUGUGAAGAAGUUGUUUCUGAGGCAUUGGAACCCUCUCUUCGUGAUCCUCCAAAAUAUGUUGGCAGGAUAAUUGACGGUCCAAGAAUGGACGUUGUAGAAGGUUUGCAUGCCAGACUAGAUAACCAUGAUUGUAGUGUACGAGCAAUCAAUUCCAUUGGGAAGACAAGAUCUGGGUCAAAAGGUUCGUCAAGUGGAACUAAACAAGACGGUUCACAAUCUUCUAACUACGUCACGACAAGCCAUCAGGAGGACCCGAAUUGUAGAAGCUCAGGUGGUACUUCUCAUUCACUUAAUGAAAAUUGCCAUCAACACUCGGGCGUUCCAAAUAGCUUAGUUGUAGAGAAGAGGAGACGUAAAAACAAAGAGAAGAAAAUUUCUCUUGACAACCACUCUGAUGAAGGUACGAAGGAUGCAAAGACGAGGAACAUAAGUGAGGUAGAAUUAGAUGUAUCUUCUAAAAAAAAUAAGCGAGAUGAUGCACAUGAUGAUGAGAACCGGACCUUUUGCCCUGUGGUUGAAAAAUCUGCACGGAGCUCAAGCAGUGGUUUGUCACAUAACGUGUCAGGGAUGGUUCGGGGUAAAUGUGAAAACAGGGACCCAGAGGAUGAUUCAAAGGAAGACUUUGUUUCAGCAAAGAACCCAGAAGCCCAUAUUUCAGAUGUGUCAAUGCAUAAGAGGAAGUGCGACGAUAAAGAUUCUUCGACAAAGAGAAAAAGGAGCGAACUACGAGAUUCCUUGACGUGUUAUCCCCAAGAUUCUAUGGAAAAAAUGUGUGAUGACAUCUGCAGGAAGGAAAAGAAAGCAAGGGUCUCCAAGUCUGACCGGAAAGACACUAGCGCAAGCAAAGGUAGUGCUGGAACAUGUCGAGUUAAAAAGGAACAGCAGGCUGGGCAAGAUCUCACUGUAUCUUUGCAGAGUGUAAAAGCUGCAGAUUCUUCAAAAAAGGAUCUAGGCAAUUCACGGCCUUCUGCUGCUGCCUCAUCAGCUGUUCCCACUUCAAGUCCCAAGAGGUCUUCUGAUGGUGAAAAUGAUGGGUUCUCAAAUGAAUCCAGUUUUGUUAAGAAGGAUAGUGCAUGCAAUGGCACGAGUUAUGUUGUGUUAGCUGAAGCUGAUUUAGAGGAGAAAGAUGUCCAUCGUGAAUCAGAUACAACAGUUAAAGCAAAGACCAUGGUCUCUGGUUAUGCAACUCAUCUGGAUGCUGAUGUAAAUGCCGAUCCAUUACGUCAAGUUGGUCAAUUUUCUUGCAAGACAGAAAACUCAGACCAAGGCUCUGAUAAGGAGAGAAAGAAUGACUAUCAGUGUCAGGAUAGUGAGUUUGUCUCAAAUGGUAAAAGAGGUUCUUUGUCACGGCGCAAAGAGAAGAAUCGGGCUCCAGAAUCUGAUUCUGACCAAUGUAACACCAAAAAUCCUGAUAUUUUAAAUUUAUCUUCAGAUCAAAUGCCAUUAGACGAGGAGAAGACGGCACCAGGAAAAAACAAGUUUCAGGAGAAUGUUGUUGGUUCAGAUAGAUUAAAGAAGAGUUCUAAGAAGGAUUCAUCUGGAAAAUUAUUGGACAAAAAUGUUAAAGGUGAUAAUCAACCACGAGUUGGUCAUCAUGAUGGUGCAGAAGCUCGAUCGGAUGUUGCAUCCCGCCUGGAUAAAAGCCAGGCUGCACUACCAGAUCGAAAUGAUCAGAGAUCAUCUAAGAAGCUUGUUUCCAACAGAAGUGAGCAGAUUGAAGUCUCUUCCAAGUUUCCAUUAACAAGAGUUCAGAAUGAGACGGUUGUAUUUAAAGAGCCAGUUCCUGGAUCCGGACGGGCAAACGAGGCAAAUUGUGUUAUAGUUGAUGCUUCUGAAAGGGAAAAGUCAAAUGCUUCAAGACAGGGUAAAACAGCUAAAAGCCACCAUGGAAACCUACCUAAUAAUACUGCUAAUAAGGUCAGGGAUCAAGAUGUUCCCAGCCCUGCUCAGAAGGAUUCAUCAAGUCAAGCUGCUACAAAUGCCAUAAAAGAAGCCACAAACCUAAAACAUCUGGCAGAUCGUCUCAAGAGUUCUGGAUCAAGUGAAAGUACGGGUAUCUAUUUCCAAGCGGCAUUAAAGUUUCUCCAUGGUGCCUCCUUACUAGAAUUAGACAGCUCCAAGCAUGGUGAACGGAACCAGUCAAGGAGAAUCUAUAGCAGCACUGCAAAACUCUGCCAGUUUUGUGGUCAUGAAUAUGAGAAAUUGAAAGACAUGGCAGCUGCUGCACUUGCCUACAAAUGCGUGGAGGUCGCUUACAUGCGAGUAAUUUAUUCUUCACAGUCCGAUGCAAACAGAUACAGAAAUGAGUUACAAGCAGCUCUACAAAUUUUUCCUCCAGGUGAGUCUCCUUUCUCUUCUGUCUCUGAUGUUGACAAUUUGAACAAUCCAACAAUAGUAGACAAGACCACAUCGGCAAAAGUUGUUGGUUCUCCUCAAGUAGCUGGAACUCAUGUUGUCUCGGCAAGAAAUGGUUCUAGCUUCACGCGGCUAAUCAACUUG